AUGGUCACCACUCAGAGCAGCGGGAAUGAGAUCUCCAGGCUCAUUAUCCCCAUCGGCCAACGUGACGGAGGGAGAAAGGAAGGGAAGAGGAGUGGGGCCCCCGGCAGAAGGGGAGAAGUGGGGGACACAGGGGCCCCCUCCCAGCCAGGAAAGCCCAGCCCCGGGGAAAGGGGAGAAGGGAAGGGGGGGGCAGAGGGCCCCUCCAUCUUCCCAGUGGUUUGUGUGUGA